CAAAACCACCCUUCGAAACUGCAAAACUGUAGCUAUGUGUAUUCUUUGUUCUAUCCGUAGUAUGAUUUUUUGGUGAAGUCUUCCAUGCCCUCCUUCCCUGUUGAAGGCGAUAGUAUAUUGUUUGCUUCUACGACCUGUGUUUGUGUUUGUGUUUGUGUUUGUGUUUGAUCGAAGAUCCACGUAUUCCCUUCAUCCUCCCACCAACCAACUGUCAUGGGUUUUUGAGGUAAUUGUUGUAGAGUAGUAUAUUGUACUAUGUAUUGUUUCUAUUUUUGAAGAUGAAGAGACUGAGAACUGAACCUUCCAGUUCGAGGAAAUUAAGGUUGUCUCAUGUUUUGUUUGGUGUUGGGGUCUUGUACUUGGUUUUUGUAUCAUGUAACUUUCCUCAGUUUCUCAAAGUUGUAUCAACGUUGAGUGGGGAUGAGAGUGACUAUAGGUUAGAUGGGAUAGCUAUUGGGGGCUCUGACUCUGAUGAUGCAGAUUUAAGCAAACCUUUUGUUGGUUCUGUUUAUAAAGAUGCAUUUCAUAGGAGGUUAGAGGAUAAUAGGGACCGCGACGCGCCCUUGAGGCCGAACAAGGAUCCAAUGAAGGAGGAUGAUCGUGGGAAUGGGCGUGACCGUGAAUCUAGGAAGCAUCAGGGAUAUGGUAGGAUUACUGGAGAGAUCUUGCGGCAAAGGAAUCGGGUCAGUGAUAUGUCUGUGCUCGAGAGAAUGGCGGAUGAGGCGUGGACUUUGGGGUUAAAGGCUUGGGGAGAAAUAGACAAGUUUGAUAGUAAUGAGUCUGAAGUGAGCUCUGUCGCGGAAGGAAAGCUUGAUCCUUGCCCUUCCUGGAUAUCAAUGAGUGGGGAAGAAUUGCGGAAGGGGGAUGGCUUGGUGUUUAUACCUUGUGGUCUUGCAGCCGGUUCUUCCAUCACUGUGGUGGGCACACCCCUGCAUGCUCAUAUGGAGCAUUCUCACCUGUUGGCAAGGUUGAAAGGUACUGGAGUGGUUUCUGUUUCGCAGUUCAUGGUUGAAUUACAAGGACUGAAGUCAGCGGAAGGGGAAGAUCCUCCAAAGAUUCUUCACUUGAAUCCUCGGUUAAGAGGGGAUUGGAGCAAACAACCGGUUAUUGAGCAUAAUACCUGUUAUCGAAUGCACUGGGGAACAGCUCAAAGAUGUGAUGGUCUACCAUCUGAGGAUGACGAAGGAAUGCUUGUUGAUGGGCAUAGACGAUGUGAAAAAUGGAUGCGUGAUGACAUCGCAGACUCGAGAGAGUCCAAAACAACAUCAUGGUUCAAGCGGUUUAUUGGGCGUGAGCAGAAGCCAGAAGUGGCCUGGCCAUUUCCUUUUAUAGAGGGUAAAAUGUUUGUCCUUACACUGCGUGCUGGUGUUGAUGGAUACCAUAUUAAUGUUGGGGGUCGCCAUGUGACUUCAUUUCCAUAUCGGACAGGGUUUACACUUGAAGAUGCUACAGGAUUGGCUGUUAAAGGAAAUGUUGAUGUUCAUUCAAUUUUCGCUACCUGUCUCCCUACUUCACACCAAAGUUUCUCACCUCAUAGAGUACUGGAAAUGUCUGGGACAUGGAAAGCCAGUGCUCUACCCAAACAUUCUGUUAGACUUUUUAUUGGAGUUCUUUCUGCUUCAAAUCACUUUGCUGAACGUAUGGCAGUUCGGAAAACAUGGAUGCAAGCAGACGCAAUCAAGUCCUCUAAUGUUGUAGCACGAUUCUUUGUUGCAUUGAAUCCAAGAAACGAAGUAAAUGCAGAGCUGAGGAAGGAGGCUGCUUUCUUUGGUGAUAUUGUCAUUUUGCCCUUUAUGGAUCGCUAUGAGCUUGUUGUGCUUAAAACCAUGGCUAUCUGUGAGUUUGGGAUUCAGAAUGUGACUGCUGAAUAUAUCAUGAAAUGUGACGAUGACACUUUUAUAAGGGUGGAUACUGUCUUAAAAGAAAUUGAAGCUGUGCCCAAGGAAAAGUCCCUUUAUAUGGGCAAUCUCAAUCUCUUGCAUCGCCCCCUGAGAAAUGGAAAAUGGGCCGUUACUUAUGAGGAGUGGCCAGAAGAAGCGUAUCCUCCUUACGCCAAUGGUCCCGCGUACAUCAUUUCCAAAGACAUUGUUACAUUCAUCAUAUCUCAACAAAAAGAUAGGAAGCUGAGGCUGUUUAAAAUGGAGGAUGUAAGCAUGGGAAUGUGGGUUGAGAGAUUCAACAACACCGUGAGUGCUGUUAAGUACUCCCACAAUUGGAAGUUUUGUCAGUAUGGAUGCAUGGAGGGGUACUUCACAUCGCAUUACCAAUCACCAAGGCAGAUGGUGUGUCUGUGGGACAAAUUGUCAAGAGGUCAUGCGCGGUGCUGCAACUUCAGAUAACAAUCUGCAACUCCACCACUUGAGUUACCAUUGUAUCAUUGUUGUCUUAAAAUUUUUAUGCUGAUCUUUGUUCACCUAGUUUAGUGCUUGGAAAAAAACUACAGUGUAAAGAAAAUGUAGUACAUAUUCAAUCUGAAAGAAGUAGAAUUUAGCAGGGUGUUCAUAUGGUCUUGUUUCGUUUGAGAAUGAGCUUCAAAUUGAAUUAUACAUGAACUUUGCUUGUCAAACCAAACCAUAUUUGACGGUUAGUGAAGUUUAUAAAUCAAAUGAAACAGUUUAGCCUCUAA